AGAGCCAGGCGGACAGUUGCCUCCCCGCCGCCGACUUUUCAUAGGCUGGGCAAAGAAGGUUGGGAAACUUGACAUUGUCUUAGGGCUCCCCCCUAGCCAAGAAUAAAAAGGGAGGGGGGAAAUAAUAGACAGGAAAGAGGAGGGAGGGAAACUUGCUUACGGUGGGAAACUUGAUGGAUUUGUGCCCUGCCGACAGCAGCGCGGAGUGAGCAGCCCCUGGCCGGCUGGAUGGAUGAUGGGAAUCUCACCAUGAGGCAGAUAGCUGAUCAGCUUCCCUGGAUUUCGCUGACGCCACAGGAAAGCUUUGCCUGAAGAUGGAAACACUGGAGUCAGAACUGACCUGCCCUAUCUGUCUGGAGCUGUUUGAAGACCCGCUGCUGCUGCCUUGCGCUCACAGCCUCUGCUUCAACUGCGCGCACCGCAUCCUGGUCUCCCACUGCGCCACCAACGAGCCGGUGGAGUCUAUCACCGCCUUCCAGUGCCCGACCUGCCGCUAUGUCAUCACCCUCAGCCAGCGCGGUCUAGACGGGCUCAAGCGCAACGUCACCCUGCAGAACAUCAUCGACAGGUUUCAGAAAGCCUCCGUCAGUGGGCCCAACUCCCCCAGCGAGACCCGCCGGGAGCGGGCGUUCGAUAACAACAGCAUGUCGUCCUGCGAGAAGGUGCUCUGCCAGUUCUGCGACCAGGACCCUGCCCAGGAGGCGGUGAAAACCUGCGUUACCUGCGAGGUGUCCUACUGCGAGGAGUGCCUGAAAGCCACUCACCCCAACAAGAAGCCGUUCACCGGCCACCGUCUCAUCGAGCCUAUCCCGGACUCUCACAUCAGGGGAUUAAUGUGCUUGGAGCAUGAGGACGAGAAAGUGAACAUGUACUGUGUGACUGAUGACCAGUUAAUUUGUGCCUUGUGUAAACUGGUCGGGCGACACCGUGACCAUCAGGUGGCAGCUUUAAGUGACCGCUAUGACAAGCUAAAGCAAAAUUUGGAGAGUAACCUCACCAACCUUAUUAAGAGGAACACUGAACUGGAAACUCUUCUGGCAAAACUCAUUCAGACCUGUCAACAUGUAGAAGUAAAUGCAUCCCGGCAAGAAACCAAGCUGAUGGAAGAAUGUGACCAGCUCAUUGAAAUAAUCCAGCAAAGACGGCAAAUAAUUGGAACCAAAAUCAAAGAAGGAAAGGUGGUGAGGUUGAGAAAACUGGCUCAGCAGAUUGCGAACUGCAAGCAGUGCAUCGAGCGCUCGACGUCCCUCAUCUCUCAGGCUGAGCAGUCACUGAAGGAGAACGACCACGCUCGCUUCCUGCAAACUGCCAAAAACAUCACUGAAAGAGUUUCCAUGGCAACUGCAUCCUCCCAGGUUCUAAUUCCUGAAAUUAAUCUCAAUGAUACUUUUGAUACUUUCGCACUUGAUUUUACCAGGGAGAAGAAAUUGUUGGAAUGCCUUGAUUACCUUACAGCUCCCAACCCACCCACCAUUCGAGAAGAGCUCUGCACAGCCUCCUAUGAUACCAUUACUGUGCACUGGACAUCAGACGAUGAGUUCUGUGUGGUUUCCUACGAGCUGCAGUACACCAUCUUCACUGGACAAGCCAACGUUGUUAGUUUAUGCAACUCAGCCGACAGCUGGAUGAUUGUUCCUAAUAUCAAACAAAACCACUACACGGUGCAUGGGUUACAGAGUGGCACGAAGUACAUCUUCAUUGUCAAGGCCAUUAAUCAGGCUGGCAGCCGCAGCAGCGAGCCUGGCAAGCUCAAGACAAACAGUCAGCCAUUUAAACUGGACCCCAAAUCUGCUCAUAGAAAAUUGAAAGUGUCUCAUGAUAACUUGACAGUGGAACGGGAUGAAACCUCAUCCAAAAAGAGUCACACCCCAGAGCGAUUCACGAGCCAGGGGAGCUACGGCGUAGCUGGCAACGUGUUCAUCGACAGCGGGCGGCACUACUGGGAAGUGGUGAUAAGCGGGAGCACGUGGUAUGCUAUUGGUAUUUCCUACAAGUCAGCACCGAAGCACGAGUGGAUUGGAAAGAAUUCUGCCUCCUGGGUGCUUUGCCGCUGCAAUAACACGUGGGUGGUGCGGCACAACAGCAAAGAAAUACCCAUCGAGCCCGCGCCUCACCUCCGGCGGGUCGGGAUUUUGCUGGACUACGACAACGGUUCCCUUGCCUUUUAUGAUGCUUUGAACUCCCUACACCUUUACACUUUUGACAUUACAUUUGGCCAGCCAGUGUGCCCCACGUUCACGGUGUGGAAUAAAUGUUUGACCAUUAUAACUGGCUUGCCUAUCCCUGACCACCUAGACUCCUCCGAGCAGCUGGCGUGACUGCCCAAAGCCAAAAGGUAGGAGGGCACAUCUUCCCAGGGCGGCCCGGCGGGGCCACCAGGAGCUCACCCAGAGCUGGCGGAUCCACGUGGCAUCCCAGACAAUGCUGCCAAAUUUGGGCAAAACUGACAAGGAAAGAAAAUCUCUUCCUGUGUAUUUUGUACUGAAGGACAAGAUGUGGCUUUAAUAUCUUAGAACUUUUUUUUUUCCAGUUGGUUUUGUUUGGUUGGUUUUUGUAUUUCAUCUCUUACAGGAAGAUUUAUAAAUUAUUUAUAAAAAUGAAAAAAAAGAGAAAAGUGAAAGCCUAGUAUGGACAUCUGGGAAGUGACUUCUUGUUUUUUUGGGGGCGGGGUUUUUUUGCACAUUGGUGGUCCUGUUAAUUAAAGUUUCAUUAGCCUUUUGAAUAAUUUUAUUUUACAGUGGAUAAUAGAAGAAAAUUGGACAGAUGAAAACUGCAUAGUGGACAAGUCAGUAUACUGCAGGUUUUACUUGUACCAACAUUAGUUCUCUCCUUACCAGCCUUGUUGAGUGUGAGAGCUCUCAAUUUCUACUUUGCACAUGGGAAUGUGCAGACCAAAAGAACAAAAAUAAGCAAGCGAGGAAGUGGAGCUCACCAACCCAGCAAAAGAAUAAAGUUUAAUUUACUUCUGUUCACAGGGCAAUGCUCUCUCUGUUCAUAAAAAACAUGUGGAGUAUCUCCUAGAAAUGUGAGUGGAUAAAUCAUCUGGUGAUUUAUUUUAUUGAUGGCACUAUUCCCAUCUACCAGUGCUUCACUUUCAUCUUUGGGAAGCAUUAUAGACUCACUGAGGAUGUGGAAGACCGAUACCAUCCCUGAGAAUCAGCAGCACUGGAGGAGAACAGCCAAUCCAAGGUCUGACUGUAGACUAAUUUGAUACAGCACGGCAGGCAUCAUUUAAGGAUUGAUUGUAAUAGAAGAUGUCACGGUUCUGAUGGCAGACAUGUGAAUGCUUAUUGCUGAUUUUACAAGGUUCAACAUAGCAAGCCCAGCCAACUACUCAGAAGUGAGACAUGCGCCACUUUACCAUUGGUUUUAAAUGAAAUACAAAUGUUUCAUUGUCAUGCACUGUGUAGUGUCUAUAACAAAGCAAGGAAAUCUGUUUUGCAUGUGCUGUAUGGAGAAACACUGCAGCUGGAGUUUGCUCACAAUUAUCAUUGUCCCAGGUUGUUUGGGAAAGCACAGUUCACUUUGUGAAUGAAAAGUAACGAGUAAGCUUUCAGCAGCCGUAGAAAUCUGCACAGGGAGACCCUGUGUUCUUCCUGGUGUUGGUAGAAGAGCUUCAGUGAAGGCAAUAGAGGUUCUAUGUACUCUAUCUCAGAGCUGAAUCAGGUGCAUUUUUUUUCUCUUUCCCUUUACAGAUAAAAGCUUUUUGUAAUUAUUGCAGUGUUUAUGUACAAAUGAUCAUUUUGGGAGAUGAUUGAGGCAUAUGACAACUUUAAAAGAAUGGUUUUCCUGCAGUGUUUUGUUGUUACUAUGCAAGUGGUGAAUAUCUGCCUGUGUGGAGAAAAGAUAAAUUGAAUAUCAGCUUUAAAGAUUUGCUCUGUAAUUUAUAACCAUGCUUUAGGUGUCUUUUGAAAAAGAUGCUUUAAUGCACUUUGUUCAGUAACGGGUCCAAACUAAAAUGGUCCCAAGCUCAGCUUCAGAUUUUUUAAAUACUGAUUCUCCAGGUACAAAGCUCUACUACAGUUUGCCUUAUGAUUAUAUCAAAAAUUUAUAAACAAGAUGAGGAGAAUAUGUACAUGCCUGUUUAUUUGUUUGGGGUUUUUUUAAUAGAAAAUAAAUGCCUUUCCAUGUUUCUUUGAUUUCCCUUUACAUGCCCUGCUAACUGCUGAAUUAAACGGAGAAAAAUCUGGCAGUACAUUGCUGAUACCAUGGCUUUCAGCUGGGCAUAGUUCACAGGUAGGAGCCACUGAUCUUUCCCAAGUAGACAUAAAAAGACAAAGUGUGUACAUAUAGUGAACCUCACUGUGUAUCAUAGUGUCAUUAAUAAUCAAGAAACGUAUACCCUCAAAAAUGAAAAAGUAAAUCAGUCCCCAAGCAUCACAUUUUAAAUCUGAGUACCAUGCUACUGGUACAAUCUGAUAUACAAUGCCCAGAUGACCUGGCCUGAGAUGUUUGGGAGCUAGCUGAGAUGGUAUGAAAAUUUUGAAAAUGAGUUGACAGAAGAUAUCUGAUGCAAAGCAGUGAUAAAAGGAUGCAUGAAGAAAGGACUUUUAUUCUAGGGUUAUUGCCAAGUUUCUGCCUAAAAGGAAAGAGUGAAUUACCAAAGUACAUGUAGCAAGGCUGUGUGUCUUCUCUUUUGCAACAAAUAUUAGAUCUAGAAGCUGAUUUCAGUAGUGGAUAAACUGAAAACACUGCUCAGUGUUUGCUUAUACAAUGUUGGCAGAGAUUGAGCUGGAUGGAAAUAAUACCGUGAAUUUGGAGAGGUCCCAAAUGAUUUGACAUAUUUUCAUUGUAAAGAUAGAGCAUGAGCCUAAAGACAGAUUGUGGUUUAGGCCAAUGGAAAAAGGAUGGUCUUUCAUCUACAGACCUUGCUGUACCAUCUUUAUUUUAACACAGAAUACUUCAUUUGGAGCUAAGCCACAUUUCUCCCAUGUCCUAUUAACUCAGUCAGUACUCUGUGCAUAUAUGUUUGUGUAUAUAUGUACACAUAUGUAUGGGUAUUCACACACCAGCAUAUGCACAAGUACAGUGUGUAAUUUGUGUAUACACACACAUAUGUAUAUACACAGACAAAGUGACAGCAAUUAGUCAGGUGUUCCUUUUUUCUUGUUUCUUGGAAAAUUUCGUAUUCUGUAUGACAAUGAGGAAACAAGUUUGCUAUGAAUAGUAUUCUUCUGGACAUUUUUUAACAAACAAAAUCUGUUUAUUUUACAAUACUUGAUUCAAUGCCUGAUUAAUCAAUAAAAAUUUCCAUUUGAAAAUGUAGCUUCUGUGGUCUGUGGCAUUUUGCAUGGUCCAUAGUAAUGAACUGAAAUCUGGGGGAACAAGUAAUCCUUGUAUAAACACAAAAUAUGGUAUUUUAAUGUAGCAUGUGGUCUUAGAUGAGGACUUCUCCCUUUUUUUGAAAGUUUUGUGACUAGGAAUGAAGUAACAUUGUGUAAUGCUGUGUUUAACAAAUGCAGAUUUUUGAGGAAUAAUCUGCUGAGAUGCAAGCAAUGAAAGUGGUAGAUAAAGCCUGUGUUGGUAUAAUGAUUGUUUCAAAAGUGUACUUAAAACCCAAUUUGGGAUUCAGCAGAAUUAGGGCAAACAAUAGCACAAUCUCUUUAGAAGAUAGUAGCAGCUCACAGUAGUGUUGAGCUUGAGGAAAUGGAAGGGUGGGGGACUAUUUUUCUCUUAGACCAGAUAAGAUUUUCCAUGUGUGUGACUUUUAUGUGUAAAUGCACACCUAACAGGGAAAAAAAAUUGUUCUGAAACGGGCUGUAUGUCAUAAAUUAUUUAGUAGGCUGUCUCCAGUCUACUGUAUUUCCCAUUGUUGGCUUUCAGAGAGCAAUAAGGUUGCUGUUUUUCUGCCAUUAGUUUAUUUUUAUGAGUUUUGGGUAUCCCAUUUUUCAAUUGCUCAACAAAGAGACUCUCAGUUAGCAGAGGGUCCCAGGGGUAAGACGCGUAACAGUCUCUCAGGUCUGGGUACACUGGGAAAAGCAGGAAAGGAAAGGAAAUCUGCAAGUACAGGUGAAAACACAUUUUUCAUUAUUUUAGCAAUAGUAGGUCACUAAACACCAGUGUGCAUCAUCUGUUUUAGGCCUGUGUCUUAAUUGCAAACACUAUAUUCUUUUUACAUUAGAAAAUGCAAUGGGACACUAUUGAGAGCACAAAUUAAAAUUACCUCCUUAACCAGUUCAUUUUGAGAUGGCCAGCCUUUAUAGCACCAUGAAGGACUGUGGGAGAUACCAUUAAAAUAUUAUUUAGUGAUACAGUAAAUAUUUAUUUUUAAAUUUUUUCUUAUAAAACAGAUGUCUAGUAGUUAGCAGAUUCUGUUUUUAGUUGCAGCAGCGCAAUUUUCAGAUAAGUCCAUGAAAAGAAACAAAGUGAGGAUUGCUAGUGGCUCUCAUCUGUGUCACCAAAACUGAGGGUUUUCAUUUUAGCUGGGAAGGCUGUUUUAGUUUGUGGUUGAGGAGUGAAGA